AUGAACCCCGACAGGUGCUCGCAGGGGAGCCCUGAGGAAGAAGCGGGGAGAGCGGGGUGGAAACCCAAGGUGAGAGACGCCUUCAAAGACAUUUCCUUCUACUUCCCCCGGGAAGAGUGGGCAGAGAUGGGAGACUGGGAGAGAGCGCGGUACAGGAACGUGAAGAGGAACUACGAGAUGCUCCUCAGCCUAGGCAGCAAGAAUUCUCUGUCUCUCAUAAGAAUCUCCAGAUUUUGGAAAAAAUUACCAACCAAAACACUGAUUUCUCGUCAUCUUUUAGUCAAACCUUCUUGGGUGACCUUCAGAGUAGAACAGAGUAAAUACCAGAAGGCAAUGUCCAGGGCACCAUUAAGUAAUGAUUCCAGUUUGAAGGAAUUGUCAGGAACAGCAAAUCUGCUGACCACAAGUGGUUCAGAGCCGGCCCAGAAACCAGUGUCCCCUCCUGGGGAAGCAAGUACCUCUGGACAGCACUCUAGACCAAAAUUGGAACUCAGGAGGAAGGGGAUGGAAGUGCAGAUGUACAGCCUACGAGAAAGAAAGGGCCACGUGUACCAAGAGGUCAGCGAACCCCAGGACGACGACUACCUCUAUUGUGAGAAGUGUCAGAACUUCUUCAUUGACAGCUGUGCUGUGCAUGGGCCCCCUAUAUUUGUAAAAGACAGUGCAGUGGACAAGGGGCACCCCAACUGCUCAACCCUCACUCUGCCCCCUGGGUUGAAAAUCAGACUGUCAGGCAUCCCUGAGGCUGGGUUUGGAGUGUGGAACGAGGAAUCGGAUCUGCAGGUGGGUCUGCACUUUGGCCCUCAUGAGGGCCAGAUCACAGAAGAUGAAGAUGCAGCCAACAGUGGAUACCCCUGGCAGAUCACCAAAGGGAGAAACUGCUAUGAGUAUGUGGAUGGAAAGGAUAAAUCCUGGGCCAACUGGAUGAGGUAUGUGAACUGUGCCCGGGAUGAUGAAGAGCAGAACCUGGUGGCCUUUCAAUACCACAGGCAGAUUUUCUACCGAACCUGCCAGGUCGUCAGGACAGGCUGUGAGCUGCUGGUCUGGUAUGGGGAGGAGUACGGCCAGGAGUGGGCAUCAAGUGGGGCAGCAAGUGGAAGAGAGAGCUCGUGGCAGGGAGAGAACCAAAGCCAGAGAUUCACCCAUGUCCCUCCUGCUCUAUGGCCUUCUCCAGUCAGACAUUCCUCAGCCAACAUGUGAAAUGCAAUCACCCCUCUGAGAUUCUGCCAAGAACAUCUUCAAGAAAACACCUCCAAUCAGAGGAACCCUGCCCAGAGGAUCAGAAACAGCAGCAGCAACAUACAGAUACACAGAGCUGGAAUGACAAAGCUGAAGGUCAAGAGGUCAAAGGAAGGUCCAAAUCUUUGA